ACCACGUAAAGACGUAACGACACACAAAUAAGUGACAAACAUAGAAAACGUAUACAAACUUGAAAUGAGGAUGUAGAAAUUAGACAAAAUACAUUCUGAUUUUCGCUCAAGACAUGGCUACAUGGGGGAGUAUGAUGUUGCGGGACCAUUACCGUAGGAACGAAGACGCCAUGGACACCAUAAAACGGCGAUUAGAAGAAGUGCAACAAAUGACGAAGCAGUCUCCCGUACCCAGCAGUAUUAGUCCAAAGCCAGCCAUUGGAUUUAACGUGAUGUCCAGGAUCGCCACCUCCUUGAAAAAAUUCAAAAAGAAGAUUAGUCCUGCAAACCGGGCCAGAAAUUGUCUUCGCCAUUCCGCGCGACUUGCCUUGCUCAUCAAGAACGGGUUCACAGGCAGAAAAAAGUAUUACAUUGAGGAUGAUUUCAGCGUCGACGACGACAGUGAAGGACAAAGUAAAUUUAAAGAUGUCAUCACGGAAACGCUUAGCGCUGACAUGUUCGUCAGAUCUAGUAUCGACUGGGAGACCCAGAUGUGUUUGAGAACUAUGCCUCAUCUCAGAUCCGAUAAACAAAUAAAAAGGGUUGUGUGCCUCCUUCGCGCCACCAAAGCUUUCAGUCACAUCUUCCCUGACUACGUGGAGGAGGAACUGGCCAGAUAUUUAGCCUACGAAAUUUACGACGACGGCCGUCUAAUCGCCUACCAGGGUAGGAAACCAGAGAGGUUAUAUUACAUAAUCGCAGGAAAAAUCAAUAUACUACGCCAUUACGAACUGAAGUCUGGAGAGGUGACCAGAUCUUUUGGGAUCCUUACCAAGGGAAUGACCACAGACGUAAUGGAGAUGAAAAGACAAACCGAGCGAGAGGCCAACAUGAUAGCAAAGGGACAAGUGGAAGUUUUCAUCCUUUAUUAUGAGGUAGUGUAA